UGUAUAUAUAUGUGUUUAGCCACUCUCACAUGCGGUUCAUGAACUAUAUAUCCAGGUGUUGGAAUAUAUUAAACGUUGCAGACAAUGACAGAACAGAUAAAGGAAAAUAAAGCUCUUUAAAAAGAAAGAAAGACACUUAUAAAACAGAAAUAGACCAUUAGUCUAAAUCCAGAGUCCUUUGAGUCGUAAUUGAGAGCCGCGGUCACAACUUCUACCUAGAGGGUCACAAUAUUAUUUUAAAAAAGCUUUUUUCAGAUCUCUAUUAUACUUUUUUUUCUACCCAUUUUACUGAAGAAAUAUAAAAAAUACUUUCACUUCUCUCGAAUCGAGAAAAGACAUCUGGGGAAUAAAAAAAUCAUUCUUUGGUUGAAGUCCUCACAACUACUCUCCGAAUACUUGAGUACAGGCGCGUUUACGUAGUUUAAGGGGAUCGAGGUUCAAUCUCAUGGCUUUCAGAGGGACAUUAUUAUGGCUUUAAUUAAUGACUUCUUUUAGGUUUCUGGAUUAGAAAUGUGUUAACAUCGCUCUCCUCUUCAAUAACAAUUUAUUGAACUAAAUUAUUAUUGCUCGUAUUACUUACUUUUAAUGGUUUAUAUUACUUACUUCUAAUAGUAUGUAUUACUUUGAAUGCGCUGCACUGGAGCUUCACAUUGUGUGUAUUGUGUGUUCUUCUUACCACACAUCCUGUAUUGGUUGUUAUUGUUUUAUAGUUAUUGUUUUAUGGUUAUUAUGGUCUGUCAAGGGACUACAUAUGCGAAUUAGCUGAAGCUACAAUCUGCUACAAAUGGUGACAUUUAUGUUUUAACUAUAUGGUCCCUUUUAAAUAAAGAUAAUAACAAUAACGGGUUACUUCAUUUUCAUUGUGCCAAAACAUUCACGUGUAAACAUCCGAUAUUUCAAACGAGGCUUUUGGAUAUUUCAUAUUCGACACAUGUAUAAAAUAUGCAGAAGGGAUAUUUUAUUUAGCCUAUAGCUAGUUUUUUGCUGUCAUGGUGAUAGAUCUUCUUCCAUAGACCUUCCCCUCCACGUGCUCUGCAGCUUCAUGUUCCAUCUUCAUCUGGUUUAAGUGUUUUAAAUACUGGAUUCAUCCUUCAGACACAUAUUUCAUGUCUAUCUCUGGGCUUUGAGACCGGGCUCAUAAACUAUGAAAGUUACUGUGGAAAGAAAGUUCACGUUAUCACGGCUCCCUCUAUCCUGUCCUGGGAUGAAGCUGGGGGAAGAGGGAGUUCUUCCUCCUCCUCUUCCUCCUCGGUCCUUGCUAUGUGUUUCGGGCUCGUGGACAGGGGCAUCGUGACGUCACGCAGGGUUGGUCUUGCCCUUUUUAUUAGCCCAGGGAGCGGAGUGCCAGGUCGCAAAGAGCUCCACACUGCAGCUCUGUGCGGCCGGCGGCGGAGGGGACGUCCGACUAACUUCCACCUCAACCAACAACACAACAACAACACAAAGAAAACAACAACAAAAAGAAAAGGGGAACACUUUCUAGUAACUUGGAGAGAGAUAAAGAAACAAAACACUAACUGACUUGACAAAGUGUCGCAACUCGCCUCACUCCUACUUUAUGAAACUUUUUUACGUGUUUUUUCGUCAUUUUCUUGUGCUGCACAUCUGCGUUGAUAACUUCAAGCGUUGAGAGUUUACUUUCUUUUUUUUAAACAACUCUUUUUUUCAUUUGCUAUCUGACGUCGGGUCGCGAUGGCUCCUCCGCUGUCACUCGCGCUGCUCCUCGUCGGACUCGCGUGGACUUCAGCCGACAAGGCUGGCGAAGUAGAUAGAGAGGAGCAGCUGAGGAGCCGGCUGAAGGAGUACGGCCUCGUGACUCCCUUCAGCACCGACUCCCACGGACACUUCCUGUCGCACCUGCUCUCCGCCGCCCACAGGCAGCGCGUCCGGAGGGCGGCGGCGGCGUUUCCCUCCGGCGACCCCGAGCGCCACCUCUUCUUCAACAUCUCCGCCUUCGGGAAGGAGUUCCACCUUCGCCUGCGGCCCAACGUCCGGCUGGUGGCGCCGGGCGCCGUGGUGGAGUGGCACGACGACAGCGACGGGAACGCCAACCGCACGGUGGUGGCGGCGGCGGAGAGGACGCUGCGCCGCGAGCUGCUCAAGACAGACUGCACCUUCGUCGGCGACAUCACCGACGUGCCCGGGGCCUCGGUUGCCAUUAACAACUGCGACGGACUGGCCGGGAUGAUUCGCACCGACGUCGACGAGUACUUCAUCGAGCCGCUGCAGCGCGGCGCCCAGGACCUGGAGGACCGGGGCCGGGUCCACGUGGUCUACCGCCGCUCGGCCCUGCUGCAGACGCCCCCCUCCGACACCCCCGGGGACCACCGGCCACGAGAACCAGAGCUAGACGUACCCGGGACCCUGGACUCUGUGACCCGGCAGGUCAACGACACCGUCACCCGCCGCCGCCGAGAUGCCGGGGAGGACGACUACAACAUCGAAAUCCUGCUCGGGGUCGACGACUCGGUGGUUCGGUUUCACGGGAAGGAGCACGUGCAGAACUACCUCCUCACGCUCAUGAACAUUGUGAACGAGAUCUACCACGACGAAUCGCUGGGCGUCCACGUCAACGUGGUCCUGGUGAGGAUGAUCAUGCUGGGCUACGCCAAGUCCAUCAGCCUGAUAGAGAGAGGGAACCCGUCCCGCAGCCUGGAGAACGUGUGUCGCUGGGCCUUCGUGCAGCAGAAGGUCGACGCGGAGCACGCAGAGCACCACGACCACGCCAUCUUCCUCACGCGCCAGGGCUUCGGCCCCACGGGGAUGCAGGGUUACGCCCCUGUCACUGGGAUGUGCCACCCGGUCCGGAGUUGCACCCUCAACCACGAAGACGGCUUCUCCUCGGCCUUCGUCGUGGCCCACGAGACCGGACACGUGUUGGGGAUGGAGCACGACGGCCAAGGCAACCGCUGCGGGGACGAGACGGCAAUGGGCAGCGUGAUGGCUCCUCUGGUGCAGGCGGCGUUCCACCGGUACCACUGGUCCAUGUGCAGCGGCCAGGAACUGAAGAGAUACAUCCACACGUACGACUGCCUCCUGGACGACCCCUUCAAGCACGACUGGCCGCAGCUGCCCGACCUCCCCGGCAUCAACUACUCCAUGGACGAGCAGUGCCGCUUCGACUUCGGGGUGGGGUACAAGAUCUGCACCUCGUUCCGAACCUUCGACCCGUGCAAGCAGCUGUGGUGCAGCCACCCCGACAACCCGUACUUCUGCAAGACCAAGAAAGGCCCCCCGCUGGACGGAACGGAGUGCGCCCCCAGCAAGUGGUGCUACAAAGGUCACUGUAUGUGGAAGAACCCCAACCAGAUGAAGCAAGAUGGCGGCUGGGCCUCGUGGAGUAAGCACGGCUCCUGCUCGCGCUCCUGCGGCACCGGAGUCCGGUUCCGGACCCGUCAGUGCAGCAGCCCGGCACCCUCCAACGGGGGCCAGGAUUGCCCGGGCGUGAACUUCGAGUAUCGGCUGUGCAACUCGGACGACUGCCCCAAUCACUUCGAGGACUUCCGAGCUCAACAGUGUCAGCAGCGCAACGCCCACUUUGAGCUGCAGGGGGCGCGACACCACUGGCUGCCCUACGAGCACCCCGACGCCAACAAGCGCUGCCAUCUGUACUGCCAGUCCAAGGAGAGCGGCGACGUGGCGUACCUGAAGCAGCUGGUGCAUGAUGGGACGCGGUGCUCCUACAAGGACGCCUACAGCGUGUGCGUGCGCGGCGAGUGUGUGAAAGCCGGCUGCGACAGAGAGAUCGGCUCCGGCAAAGUGGAGGACAAAUGCGGCGUCUGCGGCGGCGACAACUCCCACUGCCGCACCGUGAAGGGGUCGUUCACCCGGACGCCCAAGAAACCUGGUUACCUAAAGAUGUUUCUGGUUCCUCCUGGGGCCAGACAUGUGAUCAUCCAAGAACACGAGGCCUCCCCUCAAAUUCUUGCGAUCAAGAACCAGGCGACGGGGCACUACAUCCUCAACGGCAAAGGCGAGGAGGUGGCGUCCAGGAGCUUCAUCGACUUGGGCGUGGAGUGGAACUACAUUGUCGAGGACGAGGUGGAGACGCUGCACACCGACGGACCUCUGCACGACCCCGUGGUGGUUCUGAUUAUACCCAAAGACAAUGAGACGCGCUCUACUUUAAUGUACAAGUACAUCAUCCACGAGGACUCGGUGCCCGUCAACAACAACAACGUGAUCCAGGAGGACACGUACGAGUGGGCCCUGAAGAGCUGGUCCCCCUGUUCCAAGCCCUGCGCCGGAGGGUACCAGUACACCAAGUACGGCUGUCGGAAGAAGGGGGACACCAAGAUGGUCCACCGGGGGUACUGCGAGGCCGGCAAGAAGCCCAAACCCAUCCGCAGGAUGUGCAACCUGCAGGACUGCACGCAGCCUCAGUGGGCCUCGGAGGACUGGGAGCACUGCACCAAGACCUGCGGCAGCCUGGGCUUCCAGAUCCGGACGGUGCGCUGCGUGCAGGUCCUGAGUGAGGCCGCCAACCGCUCGGUGCACAGCAAGUACUGCAGCGGGGAGAAGCCGGACAGCCGGAGGCCCUGCAGCCGGGCGGCCUGCCCCGCCCAGUGGAGGACCGGAGCCUGGUCCGAGUGCUCCGUGACCUGCGGGGAGGGGAUGGAGAGGCGGCUGGUGACCUGCCGGAUCGGAGACCAAUGUAACAGCGACAAACCGGAGACCGUGAGGUUCUGCCGCCCGGGACCGUGUCACGACGAGCCAUGCAGCGGCGACAAGUCCAUCUUCUGCCAAAUGGAGGUGCUGGCGCGGUACUGCUCCAUCCCGGGCUACAGCAAGCUGUGCUGCGACUCCUGCGACAAGCGCGGUAACGGCGGUGGCAACGGCGGCGCCCUAUCUAUGUACUCUGAGGCGGCCGAGGUCGAGGAGCACGUUCGCUUCGGGUCGGCCUCCCAGCUGCUCGAGACGCUGACGGCGUCCAACACCACUCGCGCUGGGAAACGAGGCCCCGGCAAAGGAGCCGCCGCGAAGCGUCUCACCACCACCGCCCCGCCGAAAAAGAGCUCUCCGAAGACCGCCACGACAGCGCCGCGGCGGGUCCCGCGCCAUGCGAAGCUGCCCGCCGGGGGUCGCCAAAGGUGGAGCGACUCGACAGACCGCCGGUGGCCCGCGGCGCACCCUGAAGCGGAGAGAUGAGAGCGAGGUCCCGCCCUCCUCUUCAUCCUGAGUCUUCUCAUGUCAGAAACACCACCGAGAGAAAAAAGAAAAAGAAAAGUGCUGGUUCACUUUGGCGAGUUUUAUUUCGGCGCUCCCCUCUCGGCCCUCACGUUGACUUUUAAAAUGACAUCUCACUGAGAGCACUCACUUCACUGAGAGGAAAAGAUAAAGAGCCGGAGGGGAGGCCGGUGGUCCGAGAACAGAGCCUGACGAAACUCAGCGUCCGAGGGACGGAUACAUAUAUAUAUAUAAAAAACUGACCUUCGCCGAUUCCUUUUCACCGGUAGAUGCUCCGAAGGGACGGCGGCUUUAUUCCAACCAAAGUGCCUCUUGUGGCUUCCUGUGAUGUCCCCAAUGGAGACAGGUGCACUUAUGUGUCUGUGAACCCCCUCCCCCACGCCCCCCACGCCUAUCCCCCCCAGUCGGUCCUUUUGUCUGGUCUUGUCAUUUAAUGAAUCAUCUCUGCAGAGCGUCUUCCGGCAGAAAGAACCCGUCGGCAGGCGGGAAGAGGGAGAUGUCAACAGGUGCAGCCAUUAGAGCUCAUUCAACGUGUGUCGGACCGCAGAACUGGAACGCCGGGGACAGAACCCACAAAGGGAAUGUGUGCAGGAAGUACAAGUUACAUUCAGCGUGAUGUCGCCCUUUAUUUAAAUAAAUCCCCCCCGAUGCUUUGGAUUGGAUCAACGUUGCUAAAAGACAUGUCUCUGUCAAAUCUCUUGACUGUUGCUCCUUGUUUUGAGCCGCGUGGGAUGUUUGAUGUGCUUUGAAUUUUAAAUCCUCUCACGCGGCUAAUAAAUCCCCUUUUUACGACUUUUUUUUAUAUUUUCUUGCCCAAAAAGUGUGAAGCUUGACUUGCAGACAAUUCACCAAAACCAAACCCCAGAGUUUAUGUAGCCACGGAGGAAAAGUGGCCAAAACCAGUGAAAACCAUGAGAAUAAAAAUGGUUUUAUAGUUGUAUAGAUUUUUUAAAAUAUAUAACCAGCAAUGUCUGUUAAAAUGGUGCUCUACGGUUUCUAUGGAAAUGGGGGUAUUUAUAAAAAGGUUCCUGUAAAUACUGUACAUGAAAAUAUCAGUAUUAUUUUUAAAGAAGCUGAGGAUACUUUUCAAAAAUUUCAUUUUAAUCAAUUACAAUAAAAAUAUAUUAUUUUAAAUGUUUACAGUUUCAGCAGCAUUGUUAAAUGGACUUUAUUGAUGCACCAUCUCAUUAUAAAGAUUGAUACCUCUUUCAUAUCUGCAUGGUAAAUAUGAAUAAUCAGCCAGGAGACUGUUAGCUUACCUUAGCCUAGCUUAGCAUAACGACUGGAGGCGGUGGGGAAAGCUAGCCUGGCUAUUUUUCCAAGCUCACUUAUUGAUAUAUUCUAUAUCGAUAGUUUGACUAAAAACAAGCCUUGCUGUUUCCUCCUGCUCGGUGUUAGCUUAACUUAGCUAAGCUAAACUAAGUUAGGCUAACCAUCUCACGGUUGUCAUGAAAGUGGGAUCAAUCUUCAUCCUCUAACUUUUUUGGAAAAGAAAGUGGAUGAGCUCAUAUCCCCAAAGUGUGAAACUCCUCCAUUAAGAAGCAUCUUAUACACGUUCAUCCUCCUUUUCUUUCUACAGCAGACAUUUGUGUGAUGCUAGCGAUCGACUCUUCUUCCCUCUGAAAGGUUGCAGUUGUUUUGGUCAAAGAAGGGAACCAAGCAGGGAAUUUGUUCCUCAAACUGUGUUUUAAAUACAGAAUGUGCUUGUUCGGUUUGAACUUUAAAAACAAAGAUAUAUAAUUUUUUUUUUUUUUUUUUAAUUAAGUGAAAAAUUCAACCAUACAAUUGAAAUGUGUGUUUUUGAAAUGUUCUACUUUUGAUGUAACCUGGAAAACGCUGUUCAGUGUUGGAUUCACAGUUCAUUUUUCGACGGAGCCACAGAGAUAAGCUCCGCCCCUCGCCGAGCUUCGCAACGCUUUUGGUGUGAACACGGCAAAUGGUCGAGCGAGUAAACUCACGCAUUUUGGGCGACGCUUUUGGUGUGAACGUAGCUUUAAAGUGCCAUUGAGCUUUUUUUCUAACCACUAGGGGGCAGAAAGACUGCCAAACAAACUCACAGUGGCGGUAUUCACAGAUCCGGCAGAAAUCGAGCAACAUGAGCGUCCCAUUGAAUCAAGUCCCUGUCCACCUGAUGAAAAUAAAUCCAACACAUCUGAUAAUCUGGAAAAUAUCCUUAGCCUUAAAUAUUAUUGCGACAGCUGUUUAUUCCCAGAUGGUUCAGUGCAAAUUUAAUUACAUUUUAACACAAAAAUGUUUUGCUUAAUGGAGCUUUAAGCUCAUCACGCCCAUCACGUUGAGUCUGAACUAGGUUUUAUUGUCCAUGUCGAGUUUUGCAGGAACAACAAAAGCAUUAUUGUAAAAAAAAAGGAUUUGACUAUAUUUGGAACUUUUUAAUUUUUCUGAAAUGGCUUCAUUUUAUUUUAUUUUUAAAUGGCGGAAGAAGGUUCCGGAGAGAGAAAAGCUAUUUAUUGAAGGAAAUCCUCACAACCACCGUGCAUCUGACUGCAAUAGCAAAAACACGGUUUUGUGUUUUCAGCAAAUAGAUAAAUAACUACUCACACUCACUGACUGUGUGCCAAUGUAUCGUACCUGUAUAUAGCAUUGAGUACAUGAAUAUUUAUUGAGCUAUAAAGGGUUCAGCUUUGUUUUUUACUGUGUAGUGGCAACUGUAUAAGUAGCAGAUAAAACACAUUAAAUCACAUUCUUGAACAUCUUUCAUCCACGUUUUCACUUUUUAAAUGGAUUUCUACAAAAAGAACCCCCCCCCCCCAAAAUGAUAGACUAGAGAUGACAUUGUUUUUCUUACAAACAAUUAGAUGUAAAUACACAUGCUCGACCUCCAGCUGUUUUACUUGUGGUCAGAAAGCUGUCUUUCCACAGCUGUUUUGUAGAAGUUGUUGCAUCACGGUGACGUGUACUGACCAGACAAAUGCUUUAUUCUAACCAAUAAAACAUUCAUAGUUUAGCACCAGUAAACCAGUAAAGUUGUUUUUGUUUAUGCUGUUUGUAGACACGAGUGUUGUCUAACCGUUUUACAUUUUUCUUUUCACGUCCUUUACUUGCCGCCUUUACAACAUUGCUGCCAAUGUUAUACAGAGCUCGUAAUAGUAAUAAUAAUAAAUAGGAUAUAGUUGUAGAUGUUACAUUGACAAUCCCUGAUCCUCAGAAAGAUAUUACUGCAAUGCAUUCUCCAUGUACUGUAUUUAAUACCCACUGUGCAUUACGCGUGUUACGACUGUCAGUCGCUCUGCUCUCUUCGCUUCCCUUUGUAUUUGUGUAGAUUGAAGUGUACACUACUGAUGCUGUUUGUUGUGAUGGGGAGCACAUAGCAAUAAAAGAUUUGAUUAACGAC